AUUCAUUCAUUCAAUGAUAAAAAAAUCCAUGAGUCUGCGGCACCUGCGGCUCUACUAAAAUAGGAUUUUUCCGAUUUGAAAAAUAGUUUUCCUUCGAGUGUGCAUACUCAUCAACACGUAUUCACGAUAAUGAUGUAUCGUAUGAAGAAAAUAAUUUCACACGAUGAAGUAAUAGAGUUACCGAAGUGUAUGUACCAUGUAAAAAAUCCAAACGAAGCUUUGCGGACGAGCGAAAUCGAUAUCAAUAUCAGUGACCAGGUUAUCAAACUUCUUAAGGCACCUAAUAUAAAAAUGACUGAGUUGGAACAUCGACAAGAUGUCCUUUUGAAGAAACUGGAUGUCCUUUAUGAAAGAAUAAAGACUAUUAGUUCAAUAUGCACAUUCACAGAUACACCAGCUCAUGCUAAAACUGGAGCUCAGGUUAUUCCUAUGCCAGAAGAAGUGGUGUUGAAUAUCAACCCAGACAGUCUGCCAUGGUAUUUGAAUGUUUUUCUAAAGGACUCUCCAACUGUUGCUAGUUUAAGUUGGCAUAUUCAUUCUUCAGUACCUAAUGAAAAAGUUGCAAAGAUAAAGGCAUUUGUGAAGAACUUAAAAAGUGCAACUGAUUCUUCAAAAAUUAAUUUGAGGCUGAUAUUUAAGUCUGUUUCAGCUGAUCCUGAAUUGAAGUUAUCUACACUUGCAGUCCCAAUUAUAGGCAAUGUUAAUAUACUAAGGUACCUGUGUCUAGUGUAUCCAACUGUUCUUCCUUAUGACUAUAAAGAUUAUAAUAUGGAGGGAUUAUUGGAUCUCUGCCAUUUGCUUGAGAAAACACCAGAGAAGAACAAAGAAGCUAUUAUACUAAAAAUAUUUGCUCAAUCAAAGGGCUGGAUUUGUAAUGGACAACUUUCUAUCGUUGAUAUAGCUGUCUAUAAUGUUAUCAAGCAGUUACGAAGUCGGCCUAAAUCUGUGCCAAAGGAUUGGUUUGAUAAGUGUGAAAAGCUAUAUGUAUGUAAGUCUGAAAAUAAAGUUAAAUAAACUAUAA